CAGGAGCUGCCCUUCACUCCUGUCCAUGCUCCUGUUAUCACUCUAGGGAUGAAUGCACCUAGCUCCUGCUCAGUCAGCUCCAGGGGUUCACUGGCCUACCUCUACUCCGCUGGCUUCCCCAACAUCAUGGAUUGUAGUGGGCAGGUGGCGGAAGUCCUGGACCCCACAGAGCCCGUGCCCUUUGACCCCCAGCGUGAAGAGACUGACGUUCUACAGGGCAACUUGCUGGUGUUCCAGUUUUUGGCAUUUACCAGAAUUCCAGCAGUGGGUGUUGGUCCUGAUUGGCCUGGCAGCAUCUACUUCACCUUUCAGUUCUAUCGCUUCCCACCAGUCACGUCGCAGCAGCUCAAACUACUGUCCAGUGACAAGGUUCAACAGAAAAGUACUGAGCCACUUCCCUGUGUCCUUGCCUCCAUCAACAAAGAUGGCACUGUCAACUCCGGCUCUCCAGGUCUGGAGGUGAGGUUCAGAGUUGAUGACAGUUUCCUGAGGCCAGGAGAGAAGCGCUGGUUCCUUCGCUACCUAGCCCUCCACACCAUGCACAUCGACAUCUGGGACAGUGACUCAUUGCUCCUCAUAGGUUCUACAGCCAUUGAACUCAAGUAUAUGUUGCGUCAUGGUAAAUCAGCAGUGCAGGCUCUUCAUGAAGUAGAGGUGCUGACCACAGAUUACAUGGGAGAGGACAACCUGCUGAUGAGCGCAGAUUUGACGGUCCACACCAUUGUCAGGGGAUGGUUGCACAUGCGAACAGGCAACAUAGGGUGCCCAGUAGAUCCUAGCAGGAGAAGGACAGUAGACGUGAUGCCGUCUCCUUCUCACAUCAUCACACCUCGCGAAAUCACCAGUGGCUUCAAAGGAGGAAGCCUGUCCUCCAGAAGCAUCUUCCAGCUAAAUGCAAGGAACACUGCACAACCACACAGACUGGAGAUAGAUGAGGAUCGCAUGCCAUUGUUCAGACGUGGGAUCAGAGUUGACACCGUGCCCGGAGAGCACAACCUAAAUGAGCCCGACGCCAUGCACCACAAGCUCAGCUGCAUGACUGCUGUGCAUCAGCGGGAGGGCAAGGAAGGCGUUAAAGCAGGUAGGACUAAGGAGGCCCAGUUAGCCAGAGAACUUCAACAGAUCAAGCCUGGUGAAGAUGGCAGCAAGGCAGAGAGCAUCGCCAACAUGCUGAGCCAGGCCAUCACCACUCAGCACCUGCUCUACGCCAGCCUGGGCUGUGCUGAAUACAUGGAGUUUGUCCUUAAAAAUCCCUUUAAUGUACCUCAGACCGUCACUGUCCACAGUGAUGACCCUGAGCUCAGUGUCAUCACUAACACUGAAGAAUGGCGUUACUUUAAAGCACUAACCAAAACUCUGACCCCGCUGGAGGAGAACAUGUUCCACUUGGAGACGGGUGCCCCGGGUCCCAGGGUUUACCUCCGGCCCAAAGAGAGCAUCCACAUUCCCCUGAAAUACCAGAGCUUCUUCUGCGACCACAGUAUGGCCCUUCAGGGGCCGAGCUUCCUACCUACAGGCAAAGGUUCUCAAGUGGCCAAGAAGAAUCUGUCUAAUAUUGUUGCUGCCAAAACUAUCAAGGUUACAUUCACAGCAGAAGAUGGCAAACCAAUGGCCAUCUGCCAGUUCAACGUGGCACCAACACCCCAUGUUAUCGACCAGACUUUCCGGCUUUACCACCCUCAGCUCUGUUUCCUUAAAAAGGCAAUCCGCCUGCCGCCCUGGCACGACCCUGCAGUUGGAGACCCAGAUGCUGGGACUCACAUUUCCGUACGCUGCAGUGACCCUAAUAUAAUCUGCCAGACCAGGAUGCUGGUGCCAGGGGAGCCUCAGGAUGUGUACUUGAAAGUGCCAGGGAGUCCAAGUCCACAAAUAAAAAUGUUCUUUGUGAUGGUUUUCACUGACAAGUGGAUGGCAGCACCCUCCCAAAUAUGGCAGAUUUAUGUGCAUUUUCUGGAGCGGAUCGAUGUCAGCUGUGUGACUGGUCAGCGCAGCUGUCAAUCACUGGUGCUGAGGGGGACGCAGGCUGUUCGCAAGAUCAAAUGUUUUUCAUCGCAUCCCCAGGAGAUUAAGGUAGACCCAUCCGGUGUGUUUGUUUUGCCUCCAGCAGCGGUGCAGGAGCUCCAGCUGAGGGUGCAGCCAUGGCGUGUUGGCAGCCGUUUCUUGUAUGUGAACGCGGUGGAUGUGGAGCACCAACGGCUGGUUGCUGCCUGGCUGCUCUGUCUCAGUGUCCACCAGCCUGUGCUCUCCAAGGCAUUUGAGGUGCGUGUCCCAGUUGGUGGUGAACGUGGCAGCUCAAGAAAAAUCACCUACACCAACCCCUACACCAGCAGACGCACUUUCCUGCUCCGCUCUGACCAUCCAGACCUGCUCCAGUUCAAGGAGGAUAAAUUUCAACUCAGCGGGGGAGAGAGUUGCAGCAUCGGACUACGGUUCGCCCCCAGCCAGAGUCCAGGCUCAGUGGAGAUCCUGGUCUAUGUGAACAACCUGGAGGAGAAGACGGAGGAGACGUUCUGUGUGAGAGUCAUAUACUCAUGAACUGAUCGUUGUUACAAGCAGCAAACAGAAAGUGAUUCCUCAAAACAGUGACUGAUCUUUGUUCUUAAUACACUUGCUGAGUGCAAGACUCAAAUGAGCACAGGCUUUCUACUUGUGUAGAAGUGUGUGUAGUGUUGUAUUAGAUCAGAUGUAAAACACAAAUAAACUCCUUU